AUGACCCGAUUUUUGCCCUCUGAUACGAGACCAUUGCUCGACGAAUCCCCACAUUCCUAUUCAAGCAUCACACAUCGUGACUCUGAUGACGUCGUUUCGCUCGCGUCCGAUUCCGCCUGCGAACUUGUUCCCGCGCCCGCCCUAAACAAGUUUUCGCGAGCAGAUACCGUCUGGAUUCUUGCUGGACUAUGGAGUGCCGUCUUCUUGGGCGCUUUAGACGGGACCGUUGUUGCGACUUUACUGUCCCCCAUUGGGAGUCACUUCAAUAAAUCCAACCAAUCCUCCUACAUUGGAACUGCAUACCUGUUGUCCGUCUGUUGCUUUACGCCGCUGUAUGGUCGACUCUCUGAUAUCUUGGGCCGCAAGGGAGCCAUGUUGUUGGCCCUAUCAUUGUUUGGUUCAGGAACUAUUUUCUGUGGAAUGGCUCCUUCUAUGGAAGCACUGAUAGCCGCGCGCGCUGUUGCGGGAAUGGGAGGGGGAGGUUCUCAUCUUCGUUCAGUUUCUAGCAUAGUAGUCACAGAUCUGAUCCCAUUGCAAGUCUUUCCGAAACAACGAGGCCUUUACCAGGGAAUGGCGAAUAUCCUUUUCGGCCUUGGCGCAGGGAUCGGUGGGCCUCUCGGUGGGUGGAUCAACGACGCGUUUGGAUGGGAAGCUGCUUUUUACUUCCAAACACCGCUCCUUCUAUUUAGCUUCAUUCUGGUGUCGGUGAAAGUAAACAUCCAGCUGCCGUUCGAGGUACAGAACCAGACUCUAUAUGAGAAAUUCCGCCGCAUCGAUGGCAUGGGUUCUUUGACUCUCGUCGGUACCGUGGGCUGUUUGCUUCUUGGAUUCAGUCUGAAGACCACGGAGGAAAUGCCGUGGUCUCAUCCAAUCAUCUACGGCCUCUUCAUUGCCAGCGCGAUUUUUGGAGUCUUGUUUAUUAUCGUGGAAACGUAUUGGGCACCAUAUCCUGUCAUGCCUCUACAUUUGAUAACACAAAGAACCCCGCUUGCAGUAUCGAUCGCCAAUCUAUUUGGCAGCAUGGCCGCAUUUUCGAUGGUAAUCUACCUUUCGUCAUAUCGAAACACUACUGCACAGUAUUUCUCAGCAGUUCGGCUCUAUUCCGCCACAGAAUCUGGGCUACAUCUUCUCCCCCACUCUUUAGCUAUCCCGACGGGAAGCUUAUUCGCAGGAUGGGUGAUGCGUAGAACUGGCAAAUUGUACACAUUGACCCUUGCAUCAUCUGCAUUGACAGUACUGGCUAGUGUGCUAGUUAUCUUCUGGAACGACUCAUCUUCUACUUUCCACCUAUGGUUGGACAUCGUCCCGCAUGGAUUCGGCAUGGCGAGUCUUAUCACUAGCACACUCAUUGCCAUGAUCGCAGGCGUUUUCAAGGAGGACAUGGCUGUCGCGACAGGAAGCGAGUCUUGCUCAUUCAUUUUACCUGCUAUCGCUGACCUCCUCCCCACAGUAACUUAUCUAUUUCGGACCACUGGACAGGUUCUAGGCGUCAGCCUAAGUGGGGCAAUAUUGCAGGCAAUUCUUCUCCAUCAACUACGGGUGCGUAUUCAAGACCCUGGCUCGGCGGAGGAGAGUAUUCAGUCAGGUCCCAGUCAUUCUACGGCCAUUAUACCGACCCUUGAACCCCGGUUUAUUGAUGCCGCAGUCCGUUCUUACGCAGACGCCUUACGCGUCGUGUUUAUCUGUCAAGCCGCUUGGAACUUUAUCGCGUUCCUAGCAUGCCUUCCAAUACAAGAAAAUCAUCUACCGUGUGUACUAUGA